GAUUCCAAUAUUGGCAUUCAGUAAGCUACCAAGAAUCAAUCGCAAUCACAUCUCAAAACACAAACCAAAAUGAUAAUUAAACUGUUGAGUAUCGUAGCAUUAGUGCAGGGGCUGACGGCCGCUCCUACGGAGAAAAUCAUCAAUGGAACUGAUACAACGAUAGAGCAAUACCCAUUUAUCUUUUCGCUUCGCUCUUCAUCCGGUAGCCACUCCUGUGGUGGAAGUAUCCUAACAAACUAUUGGAUGCUCUGUGCGGCUCAUUGCGUCAACGAGUACACCACUCCAAUCCUGCAGUCGAUUCAGGUCGGCCGAACGGAGAUAACCAGACCGGCUGACAGUUCUGUGUACGACAUUGAUCGGGUAAUCAUACACCCGGCGUACGAUCCGUCCAACAGCUACAUCAACGACAUUGCCGUGUUCAAGCUGAAGCGUCCUUUGGAGUUUAGCGAUGCUGUCCAGCCGGUUCAACUGCCUUCACCGUGCUUUGAAGUUCCAGAAUCGAACCCGGAAGUGAGUCUCCUUGGGUGGGGUGUAACCGACGCAGGAGUUGUUGCCACGAUUCUUCAGAAGGUGGAUUAUUACGCAGUACCGAACGAGGAGUGCGAUCGGAUUCACAGCAAUACGAUCCACUCAAGUCAUAUCUGUGCAGCAUAUCCAGGCGGUGGCAAGGGGCAGUGUAGUGGCGAUUCUGGUGGCCCGUUGAUACAUAACGGAGUGCAGGUAGGGAUCGUAUCGUGGAGCAUCAAGCCUUGUACGAUAGCACCAUAUCCCGGAGUGCUGACCAAAGUUUCACAUUUUAUUGAUUUCAUUCAACAAAAUACUGAUGUGGAAUUGAGUGCGCACUACAAUAAAAAAUGUGUUUAACUAGGUAACAUAAUAAUUGCGAAUAUACUCGAAGUUUUUUAACGAAAGAUA